GUAACUGUACAUGUACGAUUACCUCUGGGUCUGGCCAAGCACUUACACUCAUAGCUGUUUACCUCCAUUAUCAAUGCCUCUAUUUAUCAACCCAUGGACAUUAUUGAAAAUGUUAAAAUAUCCACAUAGAUCUUUGUAGAUCUACGAGUAACUCAACGGAAACCCGUUUAGGGCCUCACUAUCCCCGAACUGAGAGCAUACAUCUGUACACUUCGCUGCAGGCUAGCAUAUGCUAUUAUAUUGCCGAUUAGGUUGGUACUGACCCCCGGGCCAGCUAACAGUUACAAUGGCUGCUGCUGAUGUUAGCAGGGACAUACCCGAUAUUGAGAGUAUCUUGGCUUUGAACCCAAAAGUCCUUCACAGUGCUAGUGUGGUGCCAAGUGCUGUUACCAAGCAGAACAAGAAACACUGGAAAAGGAACAAUGAGAAAGGAUGUUCGUCUUGUGAAUCUUUAGAAAAGAAUUUUUCUGAUAUCAAACACACAACUCUAAGUGAGAGAGGAGCUCUGAGAGAAGCAGCAAGAUGUUUGAAAUGUGCAGAUGCUCCAUGCCAGAAGAGUUGUCCUACACAACUGGACAUCAAGUCCUUCAUCACAAGUAUAUCAAACAAGAACUACUAUGGAGCAGCCAAGUCGAUUCUGUCCGACAAUCCCCUCGGUCUGACCUGUGGUAUGGUCUGUCCGACCUCUGACCUCUGUGUCGGUGGGUGUAAUCUGUAUGCCUCCGAGGAAGGACCUAUCAACAUUGGAGGAUUACAGCAGUAUGCCACCGAAGUGUUUAAGGCUAUGAAGAUUCCCCAGAUCCGAGACCCUGGGUUGCCUCCCCUUGAUCAGCUUCCUGAGAGUUUCCAGGCUAAGGUUGCUCUGGUUGGUUGCGGCCCGGCCAGCAUUAGCUGUGCCACCUUCCUAGCACGCCUCGGCUACACCAAUCUCACGGUGUUUGAGAAGAGUGACUAUAUUGGGGGCCUCAGCUCCUCAGAGAUUCCUCAGUACCGUCUGCCCUACAGUGUAGUGAAUUUUGAAGUUCAGCUAAUGAAGGAUCUUGGGGUCAAGGUUGUACAGGGCAAGGCUCUAUCAACAAAGGAUCUCACCCUGGAGGGUCUGAAAGGCCAGGGUUAUGAAGCUGUCUUCCUCGGAAUUGGUCUCCCAGACUCAAAGAGAAUUCCAAUUUUUCAAGACCUGACUGAGGAGAUGGGGUUUUACACAUCUAAAGAUUUUCUACCCAAAGUAUCCAGAGCCAGCAAGGCCGGUAUGUGUGCCUGUGGGAGCCAGCUGCCCGCGGUAAAGGGAAAGGUGAUCGUUCUGGGAGCUGGUGAUACAGCAUUUGACUGUGCCACCUCUGCAUUACGAUGUGGGGCCAAGAAGGUGUAUGUGGUGUUUAGGAAAGGAUUUACCAACAUCAGGGCAGUUCCAGAAGAGAUGGAGCUGGCUAAGGAGGAGAAAUGUGAGUUUCUGCCCUUCAUGUCGCCACGUCAGGUGAUGAAGAAAGGAGGACGAGUGUCUGGGAUGGAGUUUGUACGCACAGAACAGGACGACGAAGGAAACUGGGUCGAAGAUGAAGAGGAGACAAUCAGGAUCAAGGCAGACUAUGUCAUCUCUGCGUUUGGAUCGGGACUGUCCGAGUCAGAUGUGGUGGAUGCUAUGAAACCCAUCAAGUUGAAUAAGUGGGGACUACCAGAUGUAAACACUGACACCAUGACGACCAGUGAACCAUGGGUGUUCUGUGGGGGAGAUUUGGCCGGAGUAGCUCAGACCACAGUGGAGUCCGUCAACGAUGGUAAAACAGCCUCCUGGUACAUCCACAAAUAUCUACAGUCCCUCCAUGGCCUGCCUGUCCCUGCAGCCCCAAGUCUGCCAAAGUUCUUCACAGCCAUUGACAGUGUUGAUGUCUCCGUGGAAGUGUGUGGUCUCAAGUUCCCGAACCCCUUCGGCCUGGCCAGCGCCCCUCCAACCACCAGCAGUGCCAUGAUCCGCCGGAGCUUCGAACAAGGCUGGGGAUUCGCCCUCACCAAAACCUUCGCUCUAGACAAAGAUAUUGUGACGAAUGUCUCUCCAAGAAUUGUACGAGGGACAACUUCCGGUCACCUGUUUGGUCCUGGUCAGGGGGCUUUCCUCAACAUAGAGCUGAUCAGUGAGAAAACUGCUGCUUACUGGUGUAAAAGUGUUACUGAGCUUAAGAGGGAUUUUCCGGAAAAGAUCCUGAUUGCCAGUAUCAUGUGUGCUUACAGUAAGGAUGACUGGAUGGUAUUGGCAAAGAUGGCUGAGGAAUCUGGUGCUGAUGCCCUUGAGCUGAACUUAUCAUGUCCCCAUGGUAUGGGGGAAAGAGGAAUGGGAUUGGCUUGUGGACAGGAUCCAGAAAUGGUGAGGAACAUUUGUCGCUGGGUACGAGAUGCCAUCAAGAUCCCUUUCUUUGCUAAGUUGACACCAAACGUUACCAACAUUGUCCACAUAGCAAAGGCUGCAUACGAAGGCAAGGCUGAUGGAGUGACAGCUACAAACACUGUGUCCGGUCUGAUGGGACUUAAGACUAGCGGAGCUGCAUGGCCAAAUAUUGGCAAGACUCAGCGCACCACAUAUGGUGGGGUCUCCGGUAAUGCCAUUCGUCCGAUUGCCCUACGGGCUGUGUCUGCUAUCGCUAACGCUAUCCCAGGGUUCCCGAUUCUGGCUACAGGAGGGAUUGAUUCUGCAGAGGCUGGACUUCAGUUUCUACAGGCCGGAGCCUCCGUUUUACAGGUGUGUAGUGCCGUACAGAACCAAGACUUCACUUUGAUUGAGGAUUAUGUACUGGGACUGAAGGCUCUGCUCUACCUCAACAGCCUAGAGGACCUCUCUAAUUGGGACGGUCAGAGUCCUCCUACCGAGCGACACCAGAAUGGAAAACCUGUUGUUAAAUUAGCAGACCUUGUCGGCCAGACACUCCCAUCAUUUGGUCCGUAUGCCCAACAGAAGGCAGACAUAAUGGCCAAACAUUUCAAGGAUGCAGAUAUUCUAGGAGAAAAGUUCCAGCCUGCUCCCAUCCGUCCGGCCAAUGUACCCAAGAAACCUGUACCAAGUGUACAGGAGGUCAUUGGUAAGGCGCUGCCUAUGAUUGGAUCCUAUGGUGACCUUAAUAACAAGGAACAAGUGGUGGCCCUUAUUGAUGAGGACAUGUGUAUCAACUGUGGUAAAUGUUACAUGACCUGUAAUGACUCGGGCUACCAGGCAAUCAAGUUUGACCCCCACACUCAUCUGCCAAACGUCACUAAAGACUGCACUGGAUGUACACUCUGUUUGUCUGUGUGCCCCAUCAUUGAUUGUAUCACCAUGGUGAAGCGCACUGAACCGUACAUACCCAAACGCGGGAUCCCUCUCACCACGGGAUAUAACACCAUGCCUGCUGUCGUCAUGGCCACUAACUAGGGAUUUCAGUCAGUGAGAGACUAUACUACAAGGGAGGAGGAGUCCAUCUGAGAGUUGUUUACAUAUUCUGAGUGUCCUUUUGUACCACUACUGGCCAAGUAUCCAAGAGUUAUGUCCCUUACAGUGAGGUGACGUUGAACUACCAUACAUAUUUACUUAUAUCUAGAAAAGAUUUCAUCUUCACCUUUUGUGUGCAGGGACCAUAUAGGAGAGAUUUUUGUGAUGUGUAGCCAGGACUCUUUAAGUGUGAUUUAAUCUCUACUCAGUAUUUCAUUUUUGUUUUAAAUUUCUGAACAAUGUUAUUGUAUAUCAAUGUAACUUGCUCAAGAGCUACAGUCAGAACUGUGUAUAAUUCAUGGUACAUGUAUACAUGUGUUAAGAGAUACUUUUGGUACAGGUAUUUCUGUAACAUGGUUAAUGGUGCUAAUUACUUUUUUAAAGUAAAUCAAAAAGUGUUUAAACAGUAAUUGUAAUAUACAAUAUAAUUACAGUUGAAGUGAUGUGUGUUUUUUGAAAUGUAAAAUGAUGACGCAGCUUGUUUUUGUAUGCCUAUCAAACUUUGGCAGUAGUAUCUAGUAUGAAUUGUCUGUCAGUCCACCUUUGUUUGAAACUUAACUGGCAUUACAGUAUUAUGAAGAUAUGCAGUUGUGUAUUCCUGAGUGGCAUAUUUCUUCUGACUUUUAUUCAUUAUUUGGAUAUAAAGUAAUGAAUUCACACUAUGUCAUUAUCCAGUAAGUUUAAGAGAACACACAAACUAGGGAUUUGUUAUUUUGAGAAACUAAUGUCCUGGAUUUUGUUUUCUACAUUAAUAGAAAUUCUGAUGCCAAUUCUUAGUUGAUAUAGUAAAUUUUAUACUGAGGUACUGAACAGUUUAUGUCAUUGUUAGGUAGACUGACUAUUAUAAGGUUUAUUUCAUUGUUAGGUAGACUGACUAUUACAUGGUUUAUGUCAUUGUUAGGUAGACUGACUGAUAUAAGGUUUAUUUCAUUGUUAGGUAGACUGACUAUUAUAAGGUUUAUUUCAGUGUUAGGUAGACUGACUAUUAUAAGGUUUAUUUCAGUGUUAGGUAGACUGACUAUUAUAAGGUUUAUUUCAUUGUUAGGUAGACUGACUAUUAUAAGGUUUAUUUCAUUGUUAGGUAGACUGACUAUUAUAAGGUUUAUUUCAUUGUUAGGUAGACUGACUAUUAUAAGGUUUAUUUCAGUGUUAGGUAGACUGACUAUUAUAAGGUUUAUUUUGUUGUUAGGUAGACUGACUAUUAUAAGGUUUAUUUCAUUGUUAGGUAGACUGACUAUUAUAAGGUUUAUUUCAUUGUUAGGUAGACUGACUAUUAUAAGGUUUAUUUCAUUGUUAGGUAGACUGACUAUUAUAAGGUUUAUUUCAUUGUUAGGUAGACUGACUAUUAUAAGGUUUAUUUCAUUGUUAGGUAGACUGACUAUUAUAAGGUUUAUUUCAUUGUUAGGUAGACUGACUAUUAUAAGGUUUAUUUCAUUGUUAGGUAGACUGACUAUUAUAAGGUUUAUUUCAUUGUUAGGUAGACUGACUAUUACAAGGUUUAUUUCAUUGUUAGGUAGACUGACUAUUAUAAGGUUUAUGUCAUUGUUAGGUAGACUGACUAUUAUAAGGUUUAUUUCAUUGUUAGGUAGACUGACUGAUAUAAGGUUUAUUUCAUUGUUAGGUAGAUUGACUAUUAUAAGGUUUAUUUCAUUGUUAGGUAGACUGACUAUUAUAAGGUUUAUUUCAUUGUUAGGUAGACUGACUAUUAUAAGGUUUAUUUCAUUGUUAGGUAGACUGACUAUUAUAAGGUUUAUUUCAUUGUUAGGUAGACUGACUAUUAUAAGGUUUAUUUCAUUGUUAGGUAGACUGACUAUUAUAAGGUUUAUUUCAUUGUUAGGUAGACUGACUAUUAUAAGGUUUAUUUUGUUGUUAGGUAGACUGACUAUUAUAAGGUUUAUUUUGUUGUUAGGUAGACUGACUAUUACAAGGUUUAUUUCAUUGUUAGGUAGACUGACUAUUAUAAGGUUUAUUUUGUUGUUAGGUAGACUGACUAUUAUAAGGUUUAUUUCAUUGUUAGGUAGACUGACUAUUACAAGGUUUAUUUUGUUGUUAGGUAGACUGACUAUUACAAGGUUUAUUUUGUUGUUAGGUAGACUGACUAUUAUAAGGUUUAUUUUGUUGUUAGGUAGACUGACUAUUACAAGGUUUAUUUUAUUGUUAGGUAGACUGACUAUUAUAAGGUUUAUUUUGUUGUUAGGUAGACUGACUAUUAUAAGGUUUAUUUUGUUAAGUAGAGUUUAUUUUUCAUUUAAUACCAGGUAUUUCAGCCUUACGUAGGGAUCGCUCCUACAUUUCACAUGGCUGUAUUCACGGUCGAGGUAGGAUUUAAAUAUUCUACUUUGAUAUUCAGUUGAUGCCAGUUACUUAUGUUAAGUUAGGAACGUAUCCUAUAUAGCCGUAUUUCAUGUUUGAGUUAAGGAAUUAUGCUAUCUUUCACUUUAUACAAGUAAUUAUGUCGUGUUUAAGAUUAUUCAACUAAUAGUACCAGUAUUUUGUGUUGAGUUAUCUGCCCUUGUGUCUUUAUCAAGCGAUAUUAUCAUGCAAAAGAAACUGUCAUUAGUGUAUGCUAUUGAUAAUUAACCAGAUCCAAACCAUCUGACAAUCUCGUCUAUAUGAUAUGUGUCUUAUUCAGAAAGUAUGUAAAUUACAUUUUGUUAAAGAUGAACAAAAUUACAAGCAUUAAUCCAUGUAAAUAAAAUAGCUGCUAGUCAAC